AAUGAGAUGAUGAAUUGUUUUCCCUCAUUCAGAUACCUUUCUCCAGCAGGUUGUAGAAAUUUUGAUGAUUUUCAAAUUUAAAUUUGGACUCGUUGUGAUUUGCUUUGUUAAGAAAGGAAAAACAAAGAGAAGAGGGUGUAAAUUGAAACCUGUGAUGAGAUUGGCGAUGGCGGCACAAACAGAAUGGAUGUUCAGAGCGUUGAGCAGUGGUCGGCGGCACUUGUCGGCGGGAAGGCAGUGGGAGGAGAAAUGGCUUACGCUGCCUCCCGUGGCUGCGAGCGCCACCGUGGAGGUGAAGGGAAAGAGAAAGGGAACAGGAAACGAACUCUCCUCCACUCCCACCACCGCGCUCAAAUGGAUUGUUCGCUGCUGCCCAAACCUCCCCGUGUCCCUUCUGCACAAGCUUUUCCGUCUGAGACAAGUUCGACUUCUCUGUCCUCCUGACAUGGACACGCAACAUCAAACACUCAAAAGGGUGGCAGCUAAGUACACCUUGAACGCUGGAGAUCGGAUUUUACUUCCUCAAUCUGUUCAACAAAAACCAGCGCCUACACACAAACCUCACUCUCCUCUCACUCCUCAGCAAAUUAACUUUAUCCGCACUCUUGUUAUAUACAAGGAUCCUGCCAUUCUCGUCCUCAACAAACCUCCAGGAAUGCCCGUGCAGGGUGGCAUUAAUAUCAAACACAGUUUAGAUGUGGUAGCUGCUGCAUGUUUAAAUUAUGAAUACUCUGAACCCCCUCGUCUGGUGCAUAGACUAGACAGAGACUGUUCUGGCAUUCUGGUGAUGGGAAGAACACAGACAAGUACUACAGUUCUGCAUUCCAUCUUUCGGGAGAAAACAUCUAGGGCUUUAGAUAAUAUUGGCGAAGAGAAGAGAAUACUACAGAGAAGGUAUUGGGCACUUGUCCUUGGAUGUCCUAGACGUUCAAAGGGAUUGGUCACUGCUUCACUGGGUAAGGUGGUAGUUGACAACGGGAAAUCUGAUCGAAUAACUGUAGUUGACAAUUCAGCAUCAUUGUCAUCACAGCAUGCAAUUACAGAGUACCGAGUGCUUGCAUCAUCAUCACAAGGUUACACAUGGUUGGAGUUGUCCCCUUUAACUGGUAGAAAACACCAGCUUCGAGUGCACUGUGCUGAGGUUUUAGGUACACCAAUAGUUGGGGACUACAAGUAUGGAUGGCAAGCUCACAGGAAGUGGGGAGGUUUUGAUUUGUCUAAUGUGGAGGACUCCUGUGAAGAGCUUCUCAAGGAAGAAACACUCCCCUUUGGCCUUAAUUUGAACAAUGGGAGCAUCUCUGAGAAUCAUCCUCGUUUACAUCUUCAUUGCAAGCAAAUAGUCUUACCCAAUAUAUCUCAAGCACUGCAAAAUGUGCAAUCAUUUUCCAAUUGUGAUCUUUCACUAGUGGAAGGACUUGAGUUGGUAGCGGAUUUGCCUCCAUAUAUGCAAAGAAGUUGGGAUGUCACAAAUGGUUGAUUUAAUUCAAAUUAUUCCGCUCGGUUUUCUCAGAAUUCACAGCCUCAAAAUAUGCUAAGAAGUUGGGAUGUCACAAAUUGUUGAGUUAAUUCAAAUUAUUCGCUUGGUUUCCUCAGAAUUCACGGGAUGUUGGUUUGAGCUUGUUGUCACACCUGGAAUUGCGUUUUUCCUAACCAUAAAGCAUUUCCUAACCGUAAAGCAUUGCUGACUCUAUGUCAUGCUACAGUGCUACUCUUCAUAGCAGUGCCAUUGAAUUAAAUUCAGGUCAGUUGAUUCAUAGGAAUUUGAGCACAGUGAAAGAGAGAAUCAUCUGCCACUUUUAACAGUUCCUUCAAUCUUAUUGUUUGUCCAUCAUAGCCACAUCAUGAUAACUAGUAUAUUUUUCCUGACAGUAAGUAUAUUUUUGCUGUCCAUGCUAUAAAAAUGUUAUUACUCAUUAAUUAGACAAAUAUUUUAAUAAGGAAUCUUUCUUA